UAAGAUGGCGUCGGCGCACACACGGGCGAGUCUGGACUCUGCAGGCGGAUAAGAAAGUGAACACCGAGGGCGCCGAUUUAGACAGACAUUGCAAAAACGUGCAUACCGCAGUAAUAUUAAAUUUAUCAUGUUGGGUUCCAUGCACGGCUAGAAAAGACCCACCCUCGCCUUGGUAUGGAGCCCCCGGACCGCAGCGAUGAUAGCAGGCGGGACCGUCCUGCGGAAGAUGCACAGGCCCGGAGCGCAGAGGUGGAUGAACUUUGGGACUCCAGCGAGGGAGAGGAUGCCCCGUACAACACGUCUCCGCCCUGCACCCCCCGGCAGAUGAAACGCAUGUCUGGCAAGCACCAGAGGAACGCCUCCGGCAGGUCGGCAGGGCGCUCGCCCAACAAGGCGGAGAAGGCGGCCCCUGCCAGCCAGGCCGCCAGCAGAGAGAGGGAGAGCGCCAAGCCCUCGGAGCCGCCGGAGGCGCCCAGCUACCGGCAGGACAAGAAGCAGCGGGCCAACCUGCGCUCCAACGAGCGCGAUCACAAGAAGACCUUCGAGGGCUCGUUCAUGCUGGACCCCCUGUCCAAGUCCGCCCCCUUCGGAUCGCUGGGCAUGGACCCCCGGAAGCCCUACCUGAGCCUGGGGUGCGGCAGCGCCAAGCUCCUGGUCACCAUGCCCCACCCGCUGGCCCGCACGCACCGGCAGACGUCCCGCACGGACUGCCCCGCCGACCGCCUCAAGUUCUUCGAGACGCUGCGGCUGCUGCUGAAGCUCACCUCCAUGUCGUCCAAGAAGAAGGAGCGGGAGCGGGAGCAGCGGGGCCUGGAGAACACCGGCUUCCUGGGCCAGAACAACGAGGUGAUCUGGCUGGAGCUGCAGGCCUGGCACGCCCGCCGCAGCGUCACCGACCAGGACCUCUACCUCUUCACCGCCCGCAAGGCCAUCCCCGACAUCAUCAGCGAGGUGCUCAACUUCCGCGUGGACUUCCGCAGCCUGAGCGGGGCGGGGCCCGAGGCGGGGGACGCGGGGGACGCCGGGCGCCUUCUGGGGAUGGUCGCGGGCCGCCUGGGGGGUGAGGGGGCGGUGGCGGAGGCCGGCGUCGGGACAGACGACCCUCAGGCCGCUUUCGGCGAGUGCGCGUCGGGGACGGUCGGGGUGUGGGCGGGAGAGGGGGAGGGGGCGGGGGCGGGGGCGGGGGCUGACGACCCGUCCACGCCCCUGGGCGGGGCUCCGGACUGCCGGGAGCACCUGCAGCGGCAGCGGCUGGCCUUCGAGCAGGUGAAGCGGGUGAUGGAGCUGCUGGAGUCGGUGGAGGCGCUGUACCCGUCGCUGCAGACGCUGCAGAAGGACUACGAGAAGUACGCGGCGCCCGACUUCCAGGCCAGGGUGCAGGCGCUCUGCCUGUGGCUCAACAUCACCCAGGACCUCAACCAGAAGCUGCGCAUCAUGGGCACCGUGCUGGGCCUGCGCGACCUGUCCCGCCUGGGCUGGCCCGUCUUCGACAUCCCCUCCCCCCGCUGCUCCCGCGGCAACGAGGACGACGACGAGGACGAGGAGGAGGAGGAGAACGACUCCACCGCCACCUUCACGGCGGACAGCGACCCCGAGGAGGGGCCGGAGGGACCGGAGGGGCAGGGGGAGGGAGAGGGCGAGGGCGAGGGGGAGGGCGAGACGUCGCCCUGCCUGACGCCCAAGCUGGCACGGCUGCUUUCGGAGGACGAGCUCCUGGUGGUGGCCGGGGGCGGGUCGCAGGAGGUGACGGCGCCCCCGGAGGGUGGGGCGAGCGGGGGGAGCCGCUACUGCCCCACCUCCAUCUACAGGCCCUUUGUGGACAAGGCCCUGAAACAGAUGGGCCUGCGCAAACUCAUUCUGAGGCUCCACAAGCUGAUGGACAGGUCCCUGCAGAGGUCCCGCGCUGCGCUGCUCUUCCACACCCCUCCACCAGAGUUCUCCGAGUUCCCAGACCCCCUCCUGUACAGCGACUACCUGCCGGAGCUCUCGCGCCACCUGUCGUGUGGCGGCCGGGGGCUGGGGGACGCGGGAACGGAGCGGGUCUCGUGGGUGGAGCUGCUGGCCAUGGAGCUGCCCUCCUUCCAGCCCGCGUUCCUGGUGCUGUGCCGGGUUCUGCUCAACGUCAUCCACGAGUGCCUGAAGCUGCGUCUGGAGCAGAGGCCUGCCGGAGAGCCCUCGCUGCUCAGCAUCAAGCAGCUGGUGCGCGAGUGUAAGGAGGUGUUGAAGGGGGGGCUCCUGAUGAAGCAGUACUACCAGUUCAUGCUGCAGGGCGUCAUCGCCGACCCUGAUGGCUUGCAGGCCAACGCCAACAUCGACGACUUUGAGGAAGACCUCCACAAGAUGCUUAUGGUGUAUUUCGAUUACAUGCGCAGCUGGAUCCAGAUGCUGCAGCAGCUGCCCCAGGCCUCCCACAGCCUUAAGAACCUGCUGGAGGAAGAGUGGAACUUCACCAAGGUCAUCACCCCCUACAUUAGGGGCGGCGAGGCCCAGUCUGGAUGCCUCUUCUGUGACAUAGCUGGCAUGUUGCUCAAGUCCACUGGAGACUUCCUGGAUGCAGGCCUGCAGAAGAGUGGUGAUGAAUUCUGGGAAAGUGCAGAUGACAGCACUGCCUCUGAUGAGAUUAGGCGAUCGGUCAUCGAGACGAGCCGUUCUCUGAAAGAGCUUUUCCACGAGGCCCGCGAACGGGCGUCCAAAGCGCUCGGCUUCGCCAAGAUGCUCCGCAAGGACCUGGAGAUUGCGGCCGACUUCAGCAUCGCUGCCGGAAUCCCCGGCCUCCUCAGUGCCCUCAAAGCAAAGAACUGCGUCAAGGUCCAGAUCCCGGGAUUGGAGGAGCUCCAGGUGUUCGUCCCGAGCGGCCUGGUCUCCCAGCGCCCCGUCAUCCUCCAGCUCCUCAACGCGGCGGCCGGGAAGGACUGCUCCAAGGAGCACGACGAAAUGGCGGACGACGAGGCCUACCUGCUCAUGAGCAAGCAGGGAGCCGGGGACUCGCCUACGGAGGCCGACUGGGCGCGGUGGGAGGGAGCCCUGCUGAAGCUGGUGCCUCAGACGGAGACUGUGGACACUCUGAGGGCCAUGAAGGUGGAUAACCUGCUGCUGGUGGUGAUGCAGUCGGCUCACCUGCUGACCCAGCGCAAGGCCUUCCAGCAGUGCAUGGAGGACAUCCUCACCCUGCGGCGAGAGCAGACGUCCAGCCAGCCCCUCAUCGCUGGAGCCUUGGAGCAGCUUAAGAACGAGGCCCUUCAGCUGUGCAUUAAAAUCAACACGGCCAUCGACCGGGUGGAGUACAUGUUCACGUCUGAAUUCGAAGCCGAGGUGGAGGAGUCGGAGUCCGCCACUCUGCAGCAGUACUACAGAGAAGCCAUGAUCCAGGGCUACAACUUUGCCUUCGAGUACCACAAGGAGGUGGUGCGCUUGAUGUCUGGGGAGUUUCGCCAGAGGAUAGGCGAUCGGUACAUCGCCUUCGCCCGAAAGUGGAUGAACUAUGUCCUGACAAAAUGCGAGAGUGGGAGGGGCACACGACCCAGAUGGGCUACUCAAGGCUUUGACUUUCUGCAGGCGAUUGAACCUGGUUUUAUUUCAGCACUGCCUGAGGACGACUUCCUGAGUCUGCAGGCCCUAAUGAACGAGUGUAUUGGUCAUGUGAUCGGGAAGCCUCACAGUCCUGUCAGUGGCCUCUACUUCGGGUCGAGGAACAGCCCCCGGCCCGUGAAGGUACCCCGCUGUCACAGCGACCCCCCGAAUCCCAACCUGUUCAUCCCAAACGCAGAGAGCUUCAGCUCUCGGAGUCUCCCCUGCGACCUUCGGACCCCGCUGUGCCCCACGGGCCCCCGCCCAGCCCCUGUGGGCCUUGGGGAACCAGGCCACUCCAAACCACCCUGCAGCACCCCCAAUGACCUCAGAGGAUCUAAUCUCCACGAGAACGACCGGCUGUCUUCGGUGGCAGCGGAGUUCAAAUCCCUGAGCCGCCACUCCAGCCCCACAGAGGACAGAGAAGAGCCGUCAUACCCAAAAGGAGACCCUAGCACCUCGGCCAGACGGAGCUGGGAGCUUCGCACCUUCAUCAGCCAGUCCAAGGAUACAGCCGCCAGGCAGAGCCCGAUGGAGGCUGUCCGCCGCUCCAUCCGCUCCUUCGAGGAGAAGCGCUACGCCAUCAUGAAGCAGCGCAACAUAAUCGGCCAGGUGUGCCACACGCCCAAGUCCUACGACAACGUCAUGCACGUGGGCCUGAGGAAGGUCACCUUCAAGUGGCAGAGAGGCAACAAAAUCGGUGAGGGUCAGUAUGGGAAGGUAUACACCUGCAUCAACGUGGACACUGGAGAGCUCAUGGCCAUGAAGGAGAUCAGGUUCCAACCUAAUGACCACAAAACCAUCAAGGAGACGGCGGACGAGCUGAAAAUCUUCGAAGGAAUCAAACACCCCAACCUGGUGCGCUACUUCGGAGUGGAGCUCCAUCGGGAGGAGAUGUACAUUUUCAUGGAGUACUGUGAUGAAGGGACUCUGGAGGAGGUGUCCCGACUCGGCCUGCAGGAGCACGUGAUCCGUCUCUACAGCAAGCAGAUCACCACGGCGAUCAACGUGCUGCACGAACACGGCAUCGUGCACCGCGACAUCAAGGGAGCCAACAUCUUCCUGACAUCAUCGGGCCUGAUCAAGCUGGGUGACUUUGGCUGUUCAGUCAAGCUGAAGAACAACGCUCAGACCAUGCCAGGCGAGGUGAACAGUACCCUGGGAACAGCAGCGUACAUGGCUCCUGAGGUCAUCACCAGAGCAAAGGGCGAAGGUCACGGGCGAGCGGCAGAUAUCUGGAGCCUGGGGUGUGUCCUCAUCGAGAUGGUAACGGGGAAGAGGCCAUGGCACGAGUACGAACAUAACUUCCAGAUCAUGUACAAGGUGGGCAUGGGCCACAAGCCGCCCAUCCCAGAGAAACUGAGCACCGAAGGGAAGGACUUCCUGGGUCACUGCCUGGAGAGCGACCCCAAACAGCGCUGGACCGCCAGCACUCUGCUGGACCACACCUUCGUCAAGGUUUGCACAGAUGAAGAAUGAAGAAUGAGUGUCCUGGACUUUCUCGCCUUUAAAAAAAAAAAAAGA